AUGGCCAGUUUUGAUGUCAAAUUAAUUCCGGAAUUCGACGGCUCCGGUGACGUGCUCGACUGGCUGGAAAAGGUCGAGCUAGUGUGCGGGCUGCAGGAGCCGCCAGUGAGGCAGACACUGGUGAUACCGCUGCGGCUGAAAGGAGGAGCAUCUGCUGUGUAUCGGCAGCUGGUGGAGGCUGACAGGAAGGACGUGGUGAAGCUCAAGGAUGCGCUGAAGCGUGCGUUUGCGGUGGAUAAAUACGCUGCGUAUGAGCAGUUCAGCACCCGCCGUCUCCGCCCCGGGGAAACAGUUGAUGUUUUCUUGGCGGAGCUGCAGCAGCUUGCGACGCUGUUUGGAGGAAUGUCGGACGAGGGCCUGGGGUGUGCCUUUGUGGCAGGUCUGCCGGACUCUACCAGGCAGAUACUGCGAGCUGGAGCGCGCAUGGAGUCGUUAAAGCUCUCGGAGGUGGUGGACAGGGCUCGCGCCAUCUUGCGAGAGGAGAACGGCGCAUCGGAGGUGGCAGCCGUGGUGGUCAAAGAGUCACCAGGCGGCGAGGGAGACGUGUGCGCCGGAGCAGGAGGCUCCGUGGAUCUAGCGGUGGAAAAGGAGGACUUUCGAGUCGUGUUCGAUGCGAGGGAAAGGCGCUGGACUGUCGAGUGGAAGUGGUCGGGAAAGAAACCGCCAGAUCAACUGAAAAACGGAGUGAGCGAGUACCAUGUGACGGAUGAAGCGAGAGAGGACUAUGAGAGAGAGCUGGAGACGUGGAUCGAGAACGGGUGGCUGCUGGAGUACGACGAAGAAAAGCAUGGCUCUCCCAAAGGGUUGAUACCGUUAAUGGCGGUGGUUCAAGAGAACAAGGCGAAAGUGCGGCCGGUCCUUGACUUCCGGGAAAUGAACACUCACGUCGACACGUUCACGGCGGACGUUGACGUGUGCAGUGAGAAACUUCGUGAAUGGCGCCGGACGGGUGAGAAAGUGGCACUCCUGGAUCUGAAGAAGGCGUACCUUCAGAUACAUGUGGAGGAGUCACUGUGGCCCUAUCAGACAAUCGAGUUCAAAAACAAAAGGUACUGUCUGACGAGACUUGGGUAUGGUCUUAAUGUGGCACCCCGAGUCAUGAAGACAGUUCUGGAGACAGUGGCGAAGCAGGACAAGAAUGUGGAGAAGGCAGUAUCGUCGUAUGUCGAUGACGUUCUGGUCAACGAGGAGGUAAUGUCGGCCGAGAAGGUGGCCGAGCACCUUCAAGCCUUCGGUCUCGAGUGUAAGGACCCCGCUCGCGCACAGGAAGGCGCUCGGAUUCUCGGCCUCCGAGUCUGGGGGGAGCAAGGCGCACUCAUGUGGAAGAGAGACAACGAUGUCCGAGAAGUUGCCGGACCGGUGACGAAGCGGAAAGUGUUCUCCCUCUGCGGGCAGCUGACGGGGCACCUUCCGGUGUGCGGCUGGCUACGGCCGGCGACCUCGCUCCUCAAACGACGUGCGAACAGAGCAGCAAGUGGCUGGGACGACGAGAUUGACGACCCGGACGUGGAGCGUCUAAUGGACGAAAUUGUGAAGCGGGUCAGAGCAGAGGAUCCUGCCAGGGGACGGUGGGAUGUGAAGGGCGACAGAAUCACAGUGUGGACGGAUGCCAGUGCUCUGGCCAUGGGAGUAGUUGUUGAAGUGGGUGACGAAGUAGUGGAAGACGGGAGCUGGCUUCGCCCCGACAAUGGAGUACAACACAUCAACAUGGCAGAGCUAGACGCGGCCCUGAAAGGCGUGAACAUGGCCAUCCUGUGGGGCGCGGAAAGAGUCCGGUUGAUGACUGACUCACGGACGGUGUACCACUGGAUGACCGACCUCCUCAGUGGCAGGGCCCGACUGAAGACGAAAGCUGCCUCCGAAAUGUUGAUAAGAAGAAGGCUAAGCACCCUCAGGAUGCUCGUGGACGAGUACGAGCUGGACGUGAAUGUUCAGUGUGUCUCGUCGGCUGAGAACAAAGCGGACGCACUGACGAGAGUGCCGGACGCCUGGCAACGAUUGCUUAUGUGCAAAGAGGAGGCUGCAGCAUGCGCUGUGGGAGACGGAGACGACCCCGACAGGCUGGUGAAAGAGACGAGGCAGAGCAACCAGUUUCCACAGAGGCAGAGCAACCAGUUUCUGGGGAUGAGGAGCCCUGCUUUGUACGAUGUCCCAUCGACCGGCAUGACCGAGACGACCAGCAAGACCAACAGGAGGAAGCUGCGAGUGACACAGAGGCUGGGCCGAGGCGAGACGACCGGUGACGCCGCCGGCUGCGGGCCGCCCGCCGGCCCUGUACAAAAGUAUGACAAACGCCGCGAGCCGGCGCCGGCGUCGGUGGAAAGGCGAGCCGCCCUCUGA